UCUGUCCAGCUGCAGAACAACACAAUGACGUGGAACAUGUUCACGUUUUGUAAAGAUGAAGUUAUGUGACAAUUAUUUGUUUACGAAUUAAGUUAUUUGUGUCCCGUCCUGUGCAUUUAAAUGAAGCAGAAAAACAGUCAGACAGGGCAGCUAACGAGCAGACCUUCAGUCCACUGUUACUUCCGCUUUUCAUUGCCCAUACAAGCGGCGAAGUUCACGUUGGUGCCAAGUUGGUGUUUUUUUUUUAUAAAACAUGGUUCACAAAAAAGAGUCUGAAUCCGAGCCUCGGUUCUACGGUUUGACCAGAACAGCCUCCGCAGUGUUAACUCACCUCAUCUCCUUCAGCUUCACUGUGUUUAUCACACUUCUGUCUCGGCCCGGAACAAGUUGGUUUUCUUGGCAUCCUUUCCUGAUGACACUUGCUUUUGGCUUCCUCAUGACGGAAGCCAUCCUCGUCUUCUCACCUCAUGGCUCUUUCAUCAAAAAGUUAUCACACAAGACCAAAGGCCGUGUUCACUGGAUCCUGCAGUGCCUCUGUGUGUUUUGUGCAGUCCUUGGCCUGGCUGCCAUCUUUUACAACAAACAUCUGAACGGUAAAGCCCACUUCACCACAGGGCACGGUGUGCUGGGCCUUCUCACAGUGUGCGUGGUUGCUGCACAGUCUUUGGCAGCUGCACCUCUCAUUUACCAUUCUUUAGCCAAAGGCUGGUCCCUCGCCAAGCUGAAACGGUACCACGCGGCGUCUGGACUCAUCACCUACCUGCUUGGCAGUUGCAGCCUGCUCCUCGGGCUCUGCUCUGCGUGGUUCACUGAGUCUGUCGGGGAAUACACUUGGUACCUGUCAGCGCUCUGCCCAGCUCUCGGUACCCUCAUCAUAAUGAACCAAGUCUCCAGUGCUUACAUCGCCAAAAAGCGGUUGCAGUCCUGACAAAAAAAACAUUUCUGACAGCUUUAGUACCCGCGCAAGAAUUGCCUAAGAGAUUUAAUUUAUACUGUAAGUGAUCUACUAUUGUGAUUUACAUGAAAGACAAUGAUUUUGAUUUCUACUACGACAUCCCCUGAAUUUAGUUUCAAUCCUGCAUUUUUUGUAUUUGUUUUUGGUUAGUGAUUUUGUGACAUUUAAAUAAACCACAUGUUGUAAUUCCAAAGAUAUGUUCUGACAUAAAAUAAUUUGACGGUAUCAGUGAUUUACACUACAAUAGAACAUUGUUUUAUUGUUAAAAUAACAUUGAUAACACAGUCAUAUUUAACUUUGAUUUUAGGCUGCAUGUAUGAAAUUCUUACUGGGUCAGCCAUUAAUGAGUCAAAGUGAACAAAAAAGUUUUAAAAAACGCAAUUACAAAAAAACCCAAUAUAUUUUACAUCAUAAAUAAGUACAUUUCAGUCACUUUUACUGAAUUUAGGGACACAACUGUCAUGUGAGUGAAAUGCUGUAGGUAAUGGGGGAGAAUAAAAAUAUUCCAGAUAAACAGAAGAUGUAGAGUUUCCAACUGAUUGAAGAACAGAGAAUAAAGACAUGGGGUCAACUCAGUUUGAUGUACCUUGUAAAGUUCACAUUCCUUACAAAGUGCUACCUCCACCUUCAAAUCAAAAGCGAACCAAAUCACAAGUUCUCGUAACAAGCUGAAGAAAACCGCAAACCUCUUGAUUGUAAUGAAAUAGCCC